AUGCCGCCUUUUGUCCCGCGCAAAGACCAGCCUGGACGGGACACUCCUUCAAAGCGUGGACUACUGGAGGCUCUCGACGCGCCUCCAAAAUCAGCUACGUUGGAAGAACUCAAGAGACGCAAAAUUUCCGCGGAUUCAGACUCGUCUUCAUUAAGCUCCUUGUCCAGCUCAGACGAGGAAGACGCGGGUGAUGACGACGAGGAAGUGUGUUGGGAAGAUGUCCCUGCGGCGCCGUCCGGUUCUAUUAGCACCACUCCCGCCGCUGAGCUGCGAGACUUGGAUAUCACCCUUGAGAAGAACCAUGUUUCGCUAAGUGAACCGCUUGCGGGCAAGAAGGGCCCUAGUAAGAUCGAGCGGUUCAUUAGGAUUCAGACGCAUUGCAUGCAUGUCCAGUUUCUUUUGUUUCAUAAUGUUAUUCGAAAUUCCUGGAUAAAUGACUCCGAAAUACACAAGAUACUACGCGAGAAACUACCUGAGGGUAUUGCAAAGGAAGUGCAAAGAUGGAGAAUUGCCGCAGGCCUCGAAGCUCCUCCCAAACCGCCUACGCAAAAGCGGGCGUCGAAGAAGAGGAAACGCGACCGCGACUGGAGUGAAGAUUCAAAUCUUGCUGAACCCAGCCGGCCGGACAUGAGCAGGGGAGAUCCAACUAUUCUCUUGCUGAAAGUUUUGGCUGCUUACUGGAAAAAGAAUUUCAAAGUUACAUCCGCUGGUUUAUGUAAAAAAGGCUACAGGCCAGCCUCGGUUUUGGAGGAAGAACUGAAGUCGUUUAAUAGCGGCGGCGACGACGAGAGGCGGUUUGGCGAGAAGAUCGAAAAUAUCGACCAGUUUCGGGAUCGUGCCCGUGGUUUAUAUGGGUCUCGGGACGUGGGUGCCCAGCUAUUCACAGCACUGCUAAGGGCGCUGAGUCUCGAAGCUAGGCUGGUUGCAAGCCUCCAGCCUAUUGGGUUCGGAUGGACAAAAGCGGAAAAUUAUGCGGGCUCAGACGAAAAAGGUCAAGAUAGCGAUGGAGAGAACUCCAGAGAAGAGGUAUCACAAGCAGGUUCCAGGGCAAAAUCUAAGAGUUCCAGCAACCGAAAUUGUGACGAAUAUCCUCCGUUUCCGACGUACUGGUCGGAGGUAGAGUCGCCGGUUACUCAAGAUAUCAUACCUGUGGAAUCCUUGGUCUUGCCCAAUUCGGUUGCGAUGACACCAGAGCUUCUGGCUGCAUUCGAACCCCGAGGAGGGAAAGCUGAAAAAGCGAAACAGGUGAUAGCAUAUGUCGUUGCCUAUUCGCCAGACGCAACAGCGAAAGAUGUCACGAUUAGAUAUCUUAGACGGCACACCUGGCCCGGGAAGACGAAGGGAUUCCGAAUACCAGUUGAAAAGCCUGUUGACAUCGGCUUGAGUACCGGGCCAUAUGCAUAUGAUUGGUUUAAAGCUACAAUGAGGGGAUAUGCUCGCCCAGUGAAUAAGCGAACGGCAGUGGACGCAAAGGAGGAUCUUAACCUAGUACCUAAACAGCCUGAGAAGAAAGCACCGAAAGAAGGAGACACGUUACAGAGCCUCAAAGCCUCCAAGGACUUUGUACUCGAACGAUUUUUACGUCGCGAGGAAGCACUCCGUCCUGGGACAACCCACGUGAGGACUUUCACCUCUGGAAAGGGAGCAAAGCAAAAGGAAGAAAAGGUCUACCGGAGAUCAGAUGUUCAAAAGUGCUUGUCUGCGGAAAGCUGGCACAAAGAGGGGCGGCGCGUUAAGCUUGGGGAGACACCGUUGAAGCUCGUUCCCAUUCGAGCUGUCACGCUGAAUCGAAAACGUGAAGUCGAUGAGAUGGAACGAGAGACCGGAGAGAAGCCAAAGCAAGGCUUGUAUGCGCUCCAUCAAACGGAGUACAUAAUACCGGAUCCGAUUGAAGACGGAAAGAUUCCGAAGAACGAGUAUGGCAACAUAGACUGCUUUACCCCUUGGAUGAUUCCAAAAGGAGCUGCGCACAUCCCAUGGCCAUCCACCGUCCGGGUUUGCAAGAAAUUGGGCGUUGAUUACGCAGAGGCAGUUAUCGGCUUCGAGUUUGGUAGUAAGAUGGCGGUGCCUAUCAUUCAGGGCGUGGUCGUUGCCGCUGAGAAUGAGGAUCUCGUCAAAGAUGCCUGGCGGGCUGAAGAUGCUCAGAAGCGCGAGAGAGAAAGAUUGAAGCAGGAGAAGCUCAUUCUUUCGACGUGGAGGAAGUUUAUCAUGGGCCUUCGAAUACCGGAACGGAUACAAGAAGAGUAUGGGAAUGCUGAGGAGGCGGAAUCCCAUAAUCCCUUUUUCAACCGAAGAAGUAUACCGUUGCCUAACAAGAACCAUGUUGGAAAAGACGAGUCAGACUUGCAUGAAGGAGGGGGUUUCCUAGUCCCUGGUGAAGAUGGAGCUGAAGAUGACCAUCUGGUUGUUCAGGGAGGACCUCAAGAGGCUGGAGGGAGUAGGAGGUUGCCUAUAGAACUAGACGAUGACACCUCCGAGAUCAGCGACGCGGAGUCCCUCGAAUCUGAGCUGCUAUAA